UCCGCGGGUUCGGCGUUGUCUCGAUGCCGCGGUAAAUAUUUCACCGCGAGUUACGCCGCGAGCACGUUGAAUUUACUACCGCGUCCGGGGGAAUGAUUUACAAGGUAGUUAAAAGCGGCGGCUGCAUAGACACGCGGUACGUUUCUUCCGCGCCGAAUCGAAGCCACAAUGUUCACUGAAAAUUGCCUAUGAAUCUCGCGGCGCGAAACGUUUCCCUUAAUGCCGCACGUGUACCUCAGCUUCGCGUCGAUGCUAUCUUAAAGGAGUCGAGAGUUAGGGUAACCGUGGCUCGAAAUUUUCAGAACGCUGCUGCGAACUCCCGGAGCCCCGAAUUCGUUCUCACGAAAAAUAAAAAGGAACAGAGAAAGGACGACGCGGUACCAACGAUUAAUAAAAGAACAAAUAUACACAAAAAAUUGUAUAAAAAAGUUGAUAGGAAAGACCUGAACCAGGAUUCGAUCCUUCGCGCAUUAAAUAAUCACCGGAAACGUGAGAAGCGGUCUGUGGACAAAAAAUCGAAUUACGCACUCUUCGGGGAACGGAAAUUCUAUCGUCAUCCGAAACUCACUUACGAGGAACAGCUAAGCCAAUUAAACGCGACGCUCCGCGCCGAAAGCACGAACCUGAAUUUUACUACAAACAAUCCUGUUAAUUCGAAAAAAUCCAGCAAACAUAAUUACAAACCUGUUUUUCCCAACUGCGAUGAUACUCGAAAUUCGAGUGGAAAUAUCCGGAAAGGUUCGGCAAAUCGUGAUGAAAGCAAGGAUAAAGCGCAGAGCUCGGUUCAGCAGCGUAGGAAUGAAAGUUACAUUAAUAUACAGGAUCAUCAGAAAAAUGUCGAGAACACGACGUCCUCGGAUAUUUCAGAUUAUGAUCCGAACAAAAUCCCAUACGUCGAAGUACCGGAUUAUUCUGACAUUAGAGAGGAGAGUUUGGACGAGCGUGAUCGCGAGGCAAGCAAAAAGAAAACGCAAGGUGACGUCGAAUUCGUCGAUCCAACAGAUUCGAAAGAAUUCAAAUCCUCGGACAACGAAAGAUCGCGAAAUAAAUCGAAUAUAAACUCUAAAUCGAACGUCAAGGAGUCUAAACCUUCCAUACACGGCGAACUUGAAAAUAGCGAAAUGUCGAGCAAAUUAAAUAAUUCCGACCUUGACGAGUCGACAGAGAAUUCGCAGGUAGGAAGUGAGGAAGAUUCCGAGGAGACAGACGGGCAGGGAGAUUCUAAAAUCCAGUCGGGACCCAUAAUAUUCGACAUAAACGAGUACAGGAAGCCGUUCGAUCUAGACGAAUUUCUUAAGGACGAUCCGAUAAUGAAAAAGUUGAAGCCGCUCGAAAAGGAGACGCGGACCAAGUACGGAAAGAACGGGAAACGAGUUUCAGCCGGCUUUAACGAGCCCGAAAGUGAUAAUGCGUUCAGAGAACGAGCGAAGGCGCAGGAUACUUUCGAUGAUCUACCAAAAUAUCAUCGAUCCACCGAUUUCACCGACGUGUUCGCGGUAGAUAAAUUACAUCCAGAAAAUGAAGAAGACGAGGAGGAGGACAGUGACGAGGAUUUCCUGAGAUUCGUGUCCAAAAGAAAGGGCGGUGGCUCGUUUGAAAACGAAUUUCGAUCGCGAUAUUUCACGGACGACGUUAUUAGAAAUUUAAAGGACGAUGUGCAACGAGAUCGGAGGAGGAAGAACGCCGAGAGCAAAGGCGACGUGUACAAACCAUUGUCCGCGGUCUUGAACAAGAAAAGCCGCGUUUCGCGUCUGGACGAGGACACACGAAGGAUCGGAGCCGGAGACAUGCCCGCGGAUUAUAGAAACCUCUGGUCCUUAGAAUAUAAAUCCCCAAGCAGAAGAGUUGACAUGGAGGCGCAAGAAAGGAGGAAAUAGCGAUUCGACAGACAUAAACGAAAACGUUAUAUUAAUCUUAAGAACUGUUCUAUAAAUUGAACUCUGGAUACUCAUUAGUUGUUGUACGAUGAAUGUUAUAAUAAAACGGAAGUUGACAGAAACUUUUGGUACUUGUAUACAGUUUUUAUCUGUGACUAUUGCACGUGUCUGGAUUCUAAGAGAGACGAGAUAGGUCCUCUUUAACCAAUCUAGUAGCUGUCUGUCUAUCGGUCGAUCGAAAUUUCCGCGCUAUUCCUGAGCGG